GACAGGGUUUCACCUUGUUAGCCAAGAUAGUCUGAAUCUACUGACCUCGUGAUCCGCCCGCCUCGGCCUCCCAAAGUGCUGGGAUUACAGGCAUGAGACACCGCACCCAUCCAAAAAAACCUUUCUAAGAGUAGAUAGCUACUCAUUUGAUCUGCCUCCUCUGCUGAAUCAAUUAUGAAUUUUUUUUUCGCCUGCAAAUAACAGAAAACUAACAGUGUAAGAAAUAAAGUGAUUACAAAUAGGGAUUCCCCCCCGACACACACUACAAUAUUUCUUGAUAUAGGUCAUUAUGGAUAUUAGUUUAGUGACUCAAUAAUAUCAUGGCUCAGGGUCAGUUUGUCUGUGAUUCUGUCGGCCUUUCUCUCAUAGUCUUAAACUCCAGGUAUCACAUUGGCAGGCUAGAGGGAGGGCAGCCCAGGUGUUCCUUUUAUCAGAAAAGCUGCAAGUGUCUCAAAAAGCACACCCCUCUCCUAUCAGAUGUCCAUCUUAUUGGCCGGAACUAUGCUGCACCUCCAUUCCAAGAACAAGAUCUCUGAGGAAAAAAAUGUAUUGUUUUAGCUUCUAAAAAGGAGAUGGCCAAGGGAUAAGACAGUUGAGAAGGGUGUGGCAUGAUGGAGUGUCUGCUGCUCUCUUGGGUUUAGAAGGAACUCCUGUUAUUCCAGUGUCACCUGAGUACCGACUGGGUCUCAUGGGGCCACUCUAGACUCAGACAUUCUUCUUUUUUCUUCUGCUGUACCACCAUCCUUCUAGACUCUGCUGCUUUGCUUCCUCCCACCCUAUCCCCCACCACCACACAGAGUGACUCCACUCCCACACACUCAGGCAUUCGCACAGUCCAACCUUCAUUUUUAGGAAGUCCUUGAACUGACUAGCCCUUAGGAAGGUGGCACAGGUGUUCCUAGGAUUAUAAAAUGUUUUAUUGAAUAAGUUUUCUCUGUGGAUGUCCAAGAACCUUUCCUCCCAGCCUGUUUGAAAGAACAAUGAUUGAAUCAGAACAGGACAUACUGAUGCUAAAAAAAAAAAAAAAAAAAAAAAAAAAUCACAAGUAGGUAUCUUGAAAGCAUAUCCCAAGGCUUUUCUUAAAGUAACCUUUAUACUGAACCAUAAAAAGAUUAAAGACACCUUCCGCUAGAGUAAGGCCCUGCCAUUCACAUUGAGAUUGUUCAGAAAAAGAAGAAUUGACACCUUUACUGAAAGGAGUCAAGGUCUUGCAAGCCGGAAACUGGUUUGAUGACAAUUCCCUGACUUGCUAGGUAAGCUGGUCCACAUCGAGACGAGUCUCUCCUUGACUUCUGACUUACUUUGUGUUUAUUGAAGGAAUCCUAUGAGUCAUGUUUAGCCUUUCCAGCCUGAUUGAGUUUGAAGGAGCCUCUGGAUUAUUGCAUACAAUGGAUUUUGCAAACAGUUUUCUUCAGCAUACCCACAGGAGAAAGGCAAGUCGGUUCAUAAAUGGAAAUUCUAGACAAACAACUAAGCUAAAGACACCUCUCUGUAUAAAUGCUUCCAGAUGGAGAGAAGUUUUUCACUUUACUCUCCACAGUUUUCACUUUAAAGGGUUAUUGAGAUGGAAGCAUUGGAGCGAAGCACAUUAGAAUCACUUGUCCCACCUUUCCUUCUGAGGAAGGCUGACUUACAGUUGCAAGGGGAAAAUACUGGCUAAAAAAUAAUUCUUGGUCUGUUCCCCGUAGUCUAUCAACACAUGCUUUUCAGAAGAAGAAAAAACAAAAAACAAAAAAAAAACAUCUGGAGGGAAUAGGACUGAGUUGGUAGAACAUCUUGAAGGGGGCUGGCCUUCACUUAGAAAAUUGAAAAGAAAGGCAAAUAAGCCAUUAGGAAGAGUCUGUGGUUGUUAAGCAGAGUAACCUAAAGGAGGAACUUCAAGAUACAAGUUUAAAGCAACACUCUGUAAUUAUUUUUAUUAUAGUAUAAAGUUCUUAAGUUUGUCUUCACCCUUUGAAAGAGUUCUGAACAGAAUUAGAGUUUUCUUAAAAAAUCUCGGGGCCUACAAAAAAUGCCAUUUGGCCUCCACAGUAAGUUGCUCUCACUCAGAAAGUCCUCUCCCUUCUACAGCUUCCUGUAUAAAAGGCUGGGAUACCAACAUCUGCCUGAAGCAAAAACACAUGUAUUUUUAACCAAAUAAAUAAAAAAGGCACAAAAGUCUGAGUACAUCAUGCUGCUCGUAGUCUUACUGGCUGACUCCCAUUGGCUCGCUCACUGUUGUUAUAAUUUCGUUUAUGCCUUAGGCAGAUGGGCGCCUCUGCUCAUGGGUGAUUUAGAAUCUGCUGAUAGUGGCUGGAAUGAAGCAUGGAGGAUCUUGCAACUUCUAAGCCCACUGGCUUAGACCACUGUAUUCUUGGGCUUAGAUGUUUACUCCAUAUAUGAUUCCCAUCAAUGGUGAUACCUGGGCCAUUGUCCAGCGGGUGAAUGUGAUUUUCUUCUUUGGAGAAGGCCAUUGCAAAUCACAGCUAAUAGGGACCCUAAUGAGGACGUUCACCUCCCAGCUCCUCUGUGCCAGGGCAGUGGAUAACAACAGGAUGUGGGUUUUAAACACGUGUAAGCUUCUUCAAGCUGCCUCUUUCAGUUUCAUUCUUUUUUUAAGGCCCUAGAAAAUAUAAUCCACGUACUUGAAACAAACAUUUUUUUCUUGUUGCUAAUGUUUUUGGUCGUGUUUUCUCCCAUGUCAGGAUUGGAUUCCACUCUGAUUAGUACCAAGAAAUAUAUAUUAUUCUCCCAUGUCAGGAUUGGAUUCCACUCUGAUUAGUACCAAGAAAUAUUAAUUGGUACAAUAUGUAAAUGAAAACAUGGGACAUUUACAAGGUAGGCAGAAGAUAAUAUAUGCUUGUAAGUUUCACUUUCGGUAAAUAUGAAAAUGUAUUCUAUUCAUCCUCCAUGGGUGUUGUUAAAGCUACUCUGCUCUACUUUGGACUCUGCAAAUGAUUUUGAUGAAUAGGACCAAAAGAUGUCAAAAGCCACAAACCUAUCAUUGUAAAAACUAAAGGCAUUUAGUUUCAAAUUAAUUUAUUUAAAAGGAAGUUUUAAUAUUUGAACAGGCCAUAAAAUUAGGAUCAAGUAAGCAAAUCUAUAGGCACUUUUAUCAGAGACAGGAGCAAUGAGAGAUUGCAGGAAACAGAAAGGAAUCAGACUUUAUUCUUUAUAUUUGUUAUUCCAGUCCUCACCGUCCUCUUUGCUCCUCUUCCCAAUUCAUUCUUUUCCUUUCUGUUACUAGUUGUCCUUCUUGUCUCUCCUCUUCUUCCCAUCACCCCCAGGAUACACAUUAAAGAGAGAAUACCAGAAAUCGGCAGCACUGGUGAGCCAAGAAAUAUAGAGGUUUUUGUUUUUUUUCAUUUCAAGUUUUAAGUUGUCCUUGUGCAUGAAAUAUGUGCGUGAUAAAAAGGGGGUUGCCAUCAAGGCAUAUUGUCUUGAAAAGCCAAGGGUUCUUUUUUAGUUUUCCUCUAUAAUGAAGACUUUCUUAGACUGUGAACUCUAUAAUUAUGCUCACUGAACAAAUACCUUGAAAGGGAAGUAAUUCCAAGUCAUGUGUCAAAGAUUCAAUUUGACAUGUAUUUACUAAAUGCCUAACAUGCCUAUGCAUUUUGUUUAUUCAUUUAUAGUAACAAGAUAUAGUGAGUUCAUAUACUGUACCAGCACUGUGCUCAGUAUUAAAAAAUUGGAGUCAGAAGAUUCCCACUUUCAAGAACUUACAGUCCAAUGGAGGAGAAAGAAGUAUGAAAGGAUCGGUUGCAGGGUGACAAGAGAGUGUUCCAAUAGUGCAGCUCCAAAGCUGUGAUUUUAAAAAGAUGAUGCAAACCAGUUAUCUCUUGCUUCAUGGAGUGGAUGGGCUACAGGAAAUUUGGCAAUAAAACAAAGUUUAUAUAAGUUGCAACAUUUUUCUACAACUCUACUAUAAAAUUGGAAAUGCUUUCACACAGAAAAACCUCUCAAAAUGCUGAAUGCAAAAGUUGGGAUCACAGAAACAUUGUGCCUAUAUUUGGUCUGCUGGAAACUGUAUUUUUACAAGCUCCAGGGUUCCUUGAAAAGAAAACAGGUAGUUAACCUAUCUCCUGCCAACAGCAAGCGACCCAAUGGCUUUGUGGACAACUCAUUUCUUGAUAUCAAAAGAAUUCGUGUUGGGGAGAAUCUCACUGCAGGACAAGUUGGCCUCCAAAUAAACAAUGGACAAAGUCAGAUUAUGUCAGGAACCUUGCCUAUGAGCCAAGCACCCCUGCGAAAGACUAAUACUCUGCCAUCCCAUACACAUUCUCCUGGCAAUGGCCUGUUUAACAUGGGCUUAAAGGAGGUAAAGAAGGAGCCAGGAGAGACUCUGUCUUGCAGUAAGCACAUGGAUGGCCAAAUGACCCAAGAGAAUAUUUUUCCUAAUAGGUAUGGAGACGACCCUGGAGAACAACUGAUGGAUCCUGAGCUGCAGGAACUCUUCAAUGAACUGACCAACAUAUCUGUGCCUCCCAUGAGUGACCUUGAACUGGAGAACAUGAUCAAUGCCACCAUAAAGCAAGAUGACCCAUUUAACAUUGACUUGGGUCAGCAAAGCCAGAGGAGCACACCUAGGCCCUCCUUACCCAUGGAGAAAAUAGUGAUCAAAAGUGAAUACUCACCAGGCCUGACUCAAGGCCCCUCAGGCUCUCCUCAGCUGAGGCCCCCAUCAGCUGGCCCUGCAUUCUCCAUGGCCAACUCUGCCCUCUCCACUUCGUCUCCAAUCCCUUCAGUCCCUCAGAGCCAGGCUCAGCCUCAGACAGGCUCAGGAGCAAGUCGGGCCCUGCCAAGCUGGCAAGAAGUAUCCCAUGCCCAGCAGCUCAAACAGAUAGCUGCCAAUCGUCAGCAGCAUGCCCGGAUGCAGCAGCACCAGCAGCAGCACCAGCCUACCAACUGGUCAGCCUUGCCCUCUUCUGCUGGACCAUCACCAGGCCCAUUUGGGCAGGAGAAAAUCCCCAGCCCUUCUUUUGGUCAGCAGACAUUCAGCCCACAGAGCUCCCCCAUGUCUGGGGUAGCUGGCGGCAGCAGCCAGUCGAAAGUAAUGGCUAACUACAUGUACAAGGCUGGCCCCUCAGCCCAGGGUGGGCACCUGGAUGUGCUCAUGCAGCAAAAGCCUCAGGAUCUCAGUCGAAGUUUUAUUAACAACCCGCACCCAGCCAUGGAGCCCCGUCAGGGCAACACCAAGCCUUUGUUUCAUUUUAACUCAGAUCAAGCAAACCAGCAGAUGCCUUCUGUUUUGCCUUCUCAGAACAAGCCUUCUCUCCUACACUACACCCAGCAGCAGCAGCAGCAGCAGCAGCAGCAGCAGCAGCAGCAGCAACAACAACAACAGCAACAGCAGCAGCAGCAACAGCAACAGCAACAGCAGAGUUCAAUUUCAGCUCAACAACAGCAACAGCAACAGCAGCAGAGCUCGAUUUCAGCCCAACAACAACAGCAGCAGCAGCAACAACAACAACAACAACAACAGCAACAACAGCAGCAGCAGCAGCAACAACCAUCUUCUCAGCCCGCCCAAUCUCUACCAAGCCAGCCUUUGCUAAGGUCACCUUUGCCACUUCAGCAAAAGCUCCUACUUCAGCAAAUGCAGAAUCAGCCCAUCACAGGAAUGGGAUACCAAGUCUCCCAACAACAGAGACAGGAUCAACACUCUGUGGUAGGCCAGAACACAGGCCCCAGUCCAAGUCCCAACCCCUGCUCAAAUCCAAACACUGGAAGUGGUUACAUGAACUCCCAGCAAUCACUGUUGAAUCAGCAAUUGAUGGGAAAGAAGCAGACUCUACAGAGGCAGAUCAUGGAGCAGAAACAGCAGCUUCUUCUCCAGCAGCAGAUGCUGGCUGAUGCGGAGAAAAUUGCUCCACAAGAUCAGAUAAACCGACAUUUGUCAAGGCCACCUCCAGAUUAUAAAGACCAAAGAAGAAAUGUGGGCAAUAUGCAACCAACUGCUCAGUAUUCUGGUGGCUCAUCCACAAUAAGCUUAAACUCUAACCAGGCUUUGGCAAACCCAGUUUCAACACACACCAUUUUAACUUCCAAUUCCAGCCUCCUGUCUACUUCUCAUGGGACAAGAAUGCCAUCAUUAUCUACAGCAGUUCAGAACAUAGGGAUGUAUGGAAAUCUGCCUUGUAAUCAACCUAGCACAUACAGUGUCACUUCAGGAAUGAAUCAAUUGACCCAACAGAGAAACCCAAAGCAAUUGAUAGCAAAUCAAAACAACCCUAUGAUGCCACGACCACCUACCUUAGGGCCAAGUAAUAAUAACAAUGUAGCCACUUUUGGAGCUGGAUCUGUUGGCAAUUCACAACAACUGAGACCAAAUUUAACCCAUAGUAUGGCAAGCAUGCCACCACAGAGAACAUCAAAUGUAAUGAUCACAUCCAACACAAGUGCACCAAACUGGGCCUCUCAAGAAGCAACAACCAAACAGCAAGAAGCCCUGACAUCUGCAGGAGUCCGCUUCCCCACAGGUACACCUGCAGCCUAUACCCCAAAUCAGCCAUUGCAACAGGCAGUAGGUAGCCAGCAAUUUUCCCAGAGGGCAGUGGCUCCUCCUAACCAGUUAACACCAGCAGUGCAAAUGAGACCCAUGAACCAAAUGAGCCAAACACUAAAUGGACAAACCGUGGGUCCCCUCAGGGGUCUGAAUCUCAGACCCAAUCAGCUAAGCACACAGAUUUUGCCUAAUUUGAAUCAGUCAGGAACAGGGUUGAAUCAAUCGAGGACGGGCAUCAACCAGCCGCCAUCCCUGACGCCCAGCAAUUUUCCUUCACCCAACCAAAGUUCCAGGGCUUUUCAAGCAACUGACCACAGCAGUGACUUAGCUUUUGACUUCCUCAGCCAACAAACUGAUAACAUGGGCCCUGCCCUAAACAGUGAUGCUGAUUUCAUUGAUUCUUUAUUGAAGACAGAGCCUGGUAAUGAUGACUGGAUGAAAGACAUCAAUCUUGAUGAAAUCUUGGGGAACAAUUCCUGA